AUGGACUGGAUCUGGCUGGGAACUGUGGAGAAAAACAUUCCAGAAAAGGCUCCAGUGGAUCCCAAUGAUGGAAGCAGUUGGCUAGGUGCUCCAAAUGUUGCUGAUGAACCUACAGUGAGAACCUUUACUCCAUUUUAUUUCAUAGUGGAGCCAGUGGAUACUCUAUCAGUUAGAGCUUCUUCUGUUAUACUGAAUUGUUCAGCAUAUUGCGAGUCACCUCCAAAAAUUGAAUGGAAAAAAGAUGGGACUUUCUUGAACUUGGUAUCAGAUGACCGACGACAAUUGCUACCAGAUGGAUCUUUGUUAAUCAACAGUGUUGUCCAUUCCAAGCACAAUAAACCUGAUGAAGGACAUUACCAGUGUGUGGCAACUGUGGAAAGUCUUGGGACUAUUGUAAGCAGAACAGCUAAGCUUACAGUUGCAGGGCUUCCAAGAUUCAUUACCCAGCCAGAGUCUGCAUCUGUCUAUAGAGGAAACCCCAUAGUUCUUAACUGUGAGGUUAAUGCUGAUCUAGCACCAUUUGUAAGGUGGGAGCUGGAUCAUCAGCCACUGUUUCUGGAUGAUCGUGUAUUCAAAUUGCCAAGUGGAACUUUAAUUGUUAGCAAUGCUACGGAUGAGGAUGGCGGAACAUAUUGUUGUGUUAUUGAAAUUGGUGGGUCUCCCAAAUACAGUGAUGAAGCAGAGAUUAAAGUUCUUCCAGAUACAGAAUCUGAAAUUGCUUCAGACUUGCUUUUCCUGAAACAGCCCUUUUCUCUUACCAAAGUUACUGGGCAGAGUGCAGUUUUACCAUGUGUCGCUGCAGGCAUUCCUGUUCCUCUCAUCCGAUGGACAAGAAAUGAAGAAGAGCUUGUUACAGAAAAUUCUCACAAAUUUAUAUUCCUGUCUGGGGGAACACUGAAGAUAAAUGAUAUCACUGAAGAUGAUACAGGAACAUAUACUUGCAUCGCAGAUAAUGGGAAUGACACUAUUGAAGCUCAAGCUGAUCUUACUGUGCAGGUACCUCCCAUGUUUCUGAAGCAGCCUGCUAAUAUUUAUGCACAUGAAUCCAUGGAUAUUGUGUUUGAAUGUGAUGUGAGUGGAAAGCCAACUCCAACAGUCAAGUGGGUAAAGAAUGGAGAUGUGGUGAUCCCUAGUGACUACUUUAAAAUUGUAAAUGAGCACAACCUACAGGUUUUGGGCUUGGUGAAAUCAGAUGAAGGCUUUUAUCAGUGUAUUACGGAAAAUGAUGUGGGAAAUAUACAGGCUGGAGCCCAGCUGAUAAUACUCGAUCAUGAUGUUGCCAUCCCAACAUUACCUCCCACUUCACUGACCAGUGCCACUACUGACCAUCUAGCACCAGCUACAAGUGGACCCUUGCCUUCUGCCCCUCGAGAUGUUGUGGCUUCUCUUGUAUCUACUCGCUUCAUCAAGCUAACAUGGAGGACACCUGCAUCUGAUCCACAGGGAGACAAUCUUACCUACUCAGUGUUCUACACCAAGGAAAUGAGUAACAGGGAGCGUGUUGAAAACACAAGUCAUCCUGGGGAAAUGCAAGUGACAAUUCAAAACCUGAUGCCUGAAACAGUAUAUAUUUUCAGAGUGGUAGCACAAAACAAACAUGGACCUGGGGAAAGUUCAGUGCCAUUGAAAGUAGCCACACAACCUGAGGUUCAGCUUCCAGGUCCAGCCCCCAACAUUCGUGCAUAUGCUAACUCUCCCACAUCAAUCACUGUUACUUGGGGUACACCUUUAUCUGGCAAUGGCGAGAUCCAGAACUACAAGCUAUAUUACAUGGAGAAGGGAACAGAGAAUGAGCAGGAUGUUGAUGUUGGUGGUCUUUCCUAUACAAUAAUUGGCUUGAAAAAAUAUACAGAGUAUAGCUUCAGAGUUGUGGCCUACAAUAAACACGGUCCAGGAGUCUCUACUCAAGAUGUUGUCAUUCGUACACUGUCAGAUGUUCCCAGUGCUGCACCCCAGAAUCUAACACUAGAAGUGCAAAACUCCAAGAGCAUUAUGAUGCAUUGGCAGCCUCCUCCCACAGGAACACACAAUGGACAAAUUACCGGCUAUAAGAUUCGAUACCGAAAAGUGAUUCGCAAAAGCGAUGUGACUGAAAUUAUUGUUGGGACACAACUUUCACAGCUAAUUGAAGGUUUGGAACGAGGUACAGAGUACAGCUUCCGAGUGGCUGCCUUAACAGUCAAUGGCACAGGAAUAUCUACUGAUUGGAUAUCAGCAGAAACAUUUGAAAGUGACCUUGACGAAUCUCGUGUUCCAGAAGUUCCAAGUUCCCUGCAUGUCCGUCCACUUGUAACAAGUAUUGUUGUUAGCUGGACUCCACCCGAAAACCAGAACAUUGUGGUCAGAGGGUAUGCUAUAGGGUAUGGGGUAGGCAGUCCCCAUGCUCAGACCAUCAAGGUGGAUUAUAAGCAACGAUACUACACUAUUGAAAAUUUGGAUCCCAGCUCCCAUUAUGUGAUAACUUUGAAAGCAUAUAACAAUGUUGGUGAAGGAAUCCCUCUUUAUGAGAGUGCGGUGACCAGGGCCUAUACAGACACUUCUGAAGUUGAUUUAUUUGUUGUUAAUGCUCCGUACACUCCAGUGCCAGAUCCCUCCCCCAUGAUGCCACCUGUAGGAGUUCAGGCUUCCAUAUUGAGCCAUGACACCAUUCGAAUCACCUGGGCAGACAACUCUCUGCCAAAGAAUCAGAAGGUUUCGGAUGCCCGUUACUACACAGUCCGCUGGAAAACCAACAUUCCUGCAAACACAAAGUACAAGACAGCAAAUACAACUACCUUAAGCUUCUUGGUCACUGGCUUAAAACCAAACACUUUAUAUGAAUUCUCUGUAAUGGUGACAAAAGGCCGAAGAUCAAGCACUUGGAGUAUGACAGCACACGGAACUACUUUUGAGCAAGUUCCAACUUCCCCACCAAAGGAUGUAACAGUGGUCAGCAAAGAAGGAAAGCCCAGAACUAUAAUAGUCAACUGGCAACCUCCAUCUGAAGCCAAUGGCAAAAUUACAGGAUAUAUAAUUUACUAUAGCACAGAUGUCAACGCUGAAAUACAUGAUUGGGUCAUUGAACCAGUAGUAGGCAAUAGACUGACCCACCAGAUUCAAGAGUUAACCCUUGACACAGCGUAUUACUUCAAAAUCCAAGCCCGUAACUCCAAAGGCAUGGGCCCCAUGUCAGAGGCCGUACAGUUCAGGACCCCUAAAGCAUUGGGAUCUGCAGGAAAAGGAAAUCGGCCAGUGGAUGCUGGAACAGACCAUAAAACACCCAUCAGUGGAAGCAACAGCCCUCAUGGCAGCCCCUCUCCAUUAGAAUACAAUAUGCUUCUGAUAAUAAUUGUAUCUGUGGGAGUGAUCACCAUUGUGGUUGUAGUGAUUGUUGCUGUAUUUUGCACUCGACGGACCACCUCUCACCAGAAGAAAAAACGAGCUGCUUGUAAAUCUGUGAAUGGGUCUCAUAAAUACAAAGGGAAUUCCAAGGAUGUCAAGCCACCAGAUCUUUGGAUUCAUCAUGAGAGACUGGAGCUGAAGCCUAUUGAUAAAUCUCCAGAUCCCAACCCAAUCAUGACAGAUACCCCAAUCCCUCGGAAUUCCCAGGACAUCACACCAGUUGACAACUCUAUGGACAGCAAUAUUCAUCAGAGACGAAACUCAUACAGAGGGCAUGAGUCAGAGGAUAGCAUGUCCACCCUUGCAGGAAGAAGAGGGAUGAGACCAAAGAUGAUGAUGCCAUUUGAUUCUCAACCUCCUCAACCUGUGAUUAGUGCUCAUCCCAUCCAUUCCCUUGAUAACCCUCACCAUCAUUUCCACUCCGGCAGCCUCGCUUCUCCAACCUGCAACUAUCUCCAUCAUCAGGCAAACCUAUGGCCAGUUGGCACAUCUGUGUCCCAUUCAGACAGGGCUAAUUCCACAGAAUCUGUUCGAAAUACACCUAGCACAGAUACCAUGCCAGCUUCUUCAUCUCAGACAUGCUGUGCUGACCACCAAGAGCCAGAGAGUGCUUCCGGAUCUUACCUGCCCAGUACACAGGAAGAGGAGACGAACCAAAACCUCCCCACUGCCCACGUCCGUCCCUCUCAUCCCCUGAAAAGCUUUGCGGUGCCAGCAGUCCCACCCACUGGCAGCACCUAUGACCCUGCCUUGCCAAGCACACCUUUGUUAUCACAGCAAGCUUCUAGCCAUCCAGUUCAUUCAGUGAAGACAGCAUCAAUUGGAACUCUAGGAAGGACUCGGCCUCCAAUGCCAGUUGUAGUCCCAAGUGCCCCUGAAGUGCAGGAAACCACAAGGAUGCUUGAAGACACAGAAAGUAAUUAUGAACCGGAUGAACUCACCAAAGAGAUGGCCCACCUGGAAGGACUAAUGAAGGACCUUAAUGCCAUCACCACAGCAUGAUCACCUUCCCCAAGGAAUGACUCCAAAUCCUAGUUCACAGGUCUUGGGGCUUAGCCUUGGAGCACAAGGAAAUGUAUAAAGACUAGGGGACAGCACAAAAGGGACCUGCAACCAGCUGCAGCAUCGGGGCCAGUUCUGGUUAACCAAGUGACUUUUCUAGUUCAUUACCCUGAAAUGAACCUGUUUGAAUGUUGGGAUUCCACUUCUUGCUGAGAUGAUACAAGCGAGGAGUGGGGAGAUGUCUCAGGCUGAUGAAAUCUAGUAUCCAGACAAAGUUAGCAUUAAUCUGAGACAGGUUUUGUCUCGGUGCUGUGACCUUCCCUGCUUUUUCAGUGUUGGACAUUCACAUUUAUGUACAAUUUUAUUUGUGUGUUUUUAUUUUAUUGUAUCUUUUUUAUUAAAAAAAAAGUGUAAUCUGACAAAAAAGAAAUUUGUGUUGUUUCCCACAGCCUAGACGGAUGUCUGAUUGCUUGUUCUAUUGUGUACGGGAAUUCAUUGCCAGUGUGGAUUGUUCCGUUUAUUCGUUCGUUUUUGGGUUGGGUUUUUUUAUUUUUCUUUCUUUUUUAGUGUGUAUAAUUAUGUCACCUUCCAGCAGUUAAUCCAUGGCCUUGGGGUAUGCUGCAUUGCUUUUUGUAAGCUUUUUUAUUUUUAUAUUAUAAUAAUUAAAAGCCUGACUAGAUCCUUUCUCAUCACUGUGAGGUUAGCUAUCUGUUUGGAUUGAAAUGUAACACUGAGAAACUUUUUGCUUUUGAGCGUUUUCAGUAUGGGAGUAGAAUAGGUAGGCUUGGGCUGGAAGCCACAGAGUGGUAGGAAGUUUCACUGUUUUCAGGGGCAAUGCAAUGCAACUUUAUUCAUCGGACUAGUUUAAACCAUCCCCUACAGUAUGCCCAGAUGUGAAUUAAAUAAAUUAUUAUUAGGAAUAAUUCCAGAAUGGCUACUAACUCUGUCUGCGAUUACUCACUUUUGUCAUUACCUCUGUCCAUACAAGCCCUUGCCAAAAGUACAUUAGCAUUACUCCUGUGGCUCCAAAAAAUAUCAUAUUAAUCAGCCCCAAUUCAUCAAAGGGAAUUUUAAAAAUAGGAUGAAGACUUAAGUUCUCAUCUCCUUUGUAAAUUAGUCAUUUAAUCUGUUCCUUGCCAAUUGCAAAGGAUGUUCCACUCAUAAUGUUGGGUCCUUUAAGAUAAGAUACCACAGCGUAUCUUAGCAGGACAGCUUUCAUUGUUUGAAUGUUUGAUUUUAAAGAUAUAUAGUUCCUAAUAUUUACAUUGAAGCAUGAGUUUUAUUCCAGAUAUUUUAACAUACAUGGAUCAGUUGUAAGCUAUGUGUGAGCCACCAUUCUAUGUAGCUGUAGAUUAUCUUAAAGGUUUUGGGGAAUACUUUCAGUGUUGAACCACAAUCAAAACAAAUUAUCUUUGCAGGAGAGAGGAAAAAAAUGUAGGCAUGUAUGUUUGUGACUCAGGUGCUGCUCAAGCCAGUAAAAGAAGUAGGGGGGAGAGAUAAAAUAAAUGCCUAAUAAGCUGGUAAAAUUCUAUUUCCUCUCUAUUAUAUUUGCUGCCCAUAAUCAUAUUGUUCUCUGCCAUCUUCUACGAUGACAGCUUAACAUGCUGAAAAAGGAAUAUUUGUUUUUUAAAAAUAAACAAAAAAAACCAGCAUUGGGUAUCUCAUGUUGGCUUAAACAGAGAUUGAAGAAUGGGAGGCUUUGAUUUUUUUUUUUUUUUAUUGUAACAAACUUAAUUGGCCUGAAUGGUAUUGUACCAAGUGCUAACAAGAUUAUGAGGUAGUUCAUAACCUUAGAAGCACACAGGGCUGGAAUCAACUAGAGACUUUGUAAGUUCUUUUAACCUCCUGUGUGAUUAAAGCUUGGAUUGUAUGUUGGUAGCAAUUCAGGUUUAGAAUCACCUGGCAUACGUUAUCCCAUUCUAAAAUAGUACAGGGAAGAAAUUAUUUUCAGGAGCAGGUGAGAGGAGAGCUACGUCACCCUUUCUCUGUCUUUCUGUCCCUCCCAUUUCUCCUUUUUCCAUGCUGUUUUCCUUCCAUGGACCAUUGCAGAUCAGCAUUUGUUUGAACUGAUGAGCUGAACUGAUUCAUUCUGAUUAGCAGCUGUAACAUGAGCAUUAAGAAUUGCCAAGCUGAAUCCAAACAAUAAGCCAUCUAUUUUUUAAAAGAAUAUUUUUUGCAAUUAUAUAAGAAGUGCCAUGAAAACUUAAAGUAGACCACCUUGCUCAGUGUUCUGUCUUCCAGUAGUAACCAUUGUGACACCUCAGAGACAUCCAUAAGUUGACUGUUAGGGUGUGGAUUUCUGCCUACUACAUCUUUCAUUCUAGUGAGUUAAUUUGAUCCUCCUGUUUGGUUGGAGUUGGAGCAUUUAAUGAAAAGUGUGACCAGCUUUCAGUUAAAUCCAAGGAGUGGAAAGGUUCACACCUUGACCUGCAGUCAGGUAUCUUCUGUAUGCAUUUUUGGAGGGUGGGAGCAGUUUGCAACUUUGAUAUGCGAACUAGAGGGGAAGGUCUCACCCUUUCUCACCCUCAUAAACCAGAAACAUCUUUUAAAAUUCUUUUGCCUCAUUAGAAGAUGUUAAAAGAGUAAAUUAAAAACCCUAAUGUAUGUACAAAUGUUAAAAUGGAAUUCUCUGAAUUGAACUAUAGAUGUGUCCUAAAGUUGACUUCAUCAGGGCAAGUGACAAUAAUGUGCUUGAACCUUUGUUGGAAAGGCAGGACAGACAUGUAAAGGUAAAUCGCAUUGAAUGGGUCUUCUUGUGGCAAGAAGUGUUCCAUAUGGCAGUUUUUCAUUGUACAGACCUUUUCUCAUAGCCAAGAAUAUGAAGUCUUUUCUAUCUUUGGAGUUCUCACUGCAUCCAGUGAAUUUAAUUGAGGCGCACAUUCUGCUCCUCAGAUGUGUACAUUUCUCUCUUACUAGACCCAAAGAAAUGCCAUCUUGUAUACUCAGUGUCCCCCCCAUUGGUGGGUUGUUGUGACUCUAUUGCUACUUACGUAGAACACAGUGAAUGCUGAUACCGCCAUGAAUCUGGGAAGGGGGUGGGGGGUUGGGAAUAUUUUUAAUAAUAAAGCAACUGUUCAGAGUUGGUUUUUUAAGGUUGAAUCAAAAAGAAAACAUUUAUUCAAGCCAGCGUACAAUAUGUAUUGCACUUUUUACAUUUUAACACUGUUUUUUUACAUAUCUUGUGGUUUUAAAUUUGCAACAUUGUGUAACUUGUAGCCUCAUAGCUGCUACGUGC